AUGGGAUUGAAGUGCAAAGAGAGUACUUUUGAGAAGCUUAUGUAUAAGUUCCGUUCGCAUCAUCUCCCUGGAGCAGAGAAGCCAGAGCUGAAUGAGGGCUGCAUGAAAAUGAGACGCGAGCUAGCCACACUUCUCCUAGGAAUGGACCUCAAAAACGUCGUGUUUAUUGACGAGGCUAAUGCGCGCUCUCAAUACGGAAAGCAGAGCUAUUGGUACACUCCAGAAGAGUAUUUCCAUACAGACGUAAAAAGCGGUUCGACCAAACAAGCAUACCAGAAAGCGGAGUUCGUCAGAGCCAUCAAGUGGGGAGAGAGGCCUGGCCCAUACCGCUCGUUCUUACCCGAAACAGACGCAGAAAAGGAGGAAGCAAAACUCUCAAUUAAGAAGCUUCAAGACGAAGAACUGCCUCGAUUACGUACAGAAUUCGAAGCCCAAGAAGCAGUCAAAGACAAAGCUGCAGCAGUGAAGGGUCAGAAGCGCCGGGGAAAGCGGCCCUCCUUGGAUGUCUACAUUAGGAAACACCAGACAAAAAGGGGAGACCGAUUACAAGGUAGUGGAAUUGACUGGUUUCGCAUUACAGACAAGUAUAUCCAGCCUUUGUUAGAUCCUUGGAUCAAGGAAUUACAGGCAAAAGACGACCUAAGGCGCCAGACGAGACAGCACAAUGGCGGGGUGAAGUGUGUCCUUGACAACGCUUCUGCGCACCGCUCUAAGUUUACCAACCAAAUACUCCGCUUACUUGAUAUCGCACGUAUCGUCUGGUCACCUCAAUUGCCUGAUUUGAAUGCAAUUGAGCAUGCAUGGGAUUACGUACGGAAGCGGGUACAAGAGAGGGUCCCUUUCCCUGUAACAGAGGAGGUAAUCGCGGCAUGGGAGGAAGAAUGGCAAAGGAUUCUGCAAGAGGAAAUUAAUAAAUGGAUCGAAUGCUUGGAGGGGACGCUUAAGAAGGUUCUUGGGUAUAAUGGGGAUAAUUUCUUCCACGGUUAA